AUGGCAGAAUCUUUGCAAAAGUUUUAUCGUCACACCCUCGAUCCAGUAAGUAAACAUCCCUAUUUCGUUCUCUUCUUAAAAGUGACUACCAAUUUCAGAGCAUGAAAUGGUUUCCAAGGCCUACGGAACCAUGCAAGAAAGACUAUUACACGGAAAAGGUUGAGCUUCUCGUGAAUUGGUUCAAAUUUGCCUCCAACAUUUAUGAUCGAGAGGUUUUUCUCUCGAAUUUUCAGUGAUUAUCAAAAAAAAACUUGCAGUACUACGAGUACAGUGUGGAAAUGUACAAAGUCAAGAAAUUCAAAGACAAGAGCGGCCGCCUACAGGAGAAAGAAGUCAACAUUGCCAUGUAAUCCAAUUGUCGACCGAUUUUCCGGAGUUUAUCUUUUAACUUCAGUCUCGAUCGCCCGAAACUCUUCUGGCAGCAUUUACGCCACGAUCGUGCGCGCAUUGAAGAGUUCGUCUUCGAUAACAGGGAUACGGUGUACAGUGUGAACAGAGUGGAAACGGGAAUUGAAAGCAAAAUGCUAUCGCCUGAUAAUCAAUUCGUCACUUAUGUGCUCAGUUUAAAGCCUCGCCAGUCAUUUCGGUUGAAUUUCAGUCGAGAAAAUCCUUUGAAUGAUGAACAAGCAGACCGCAGUUACAAGUUUCUCAAGGUACGUUCAAAAAAUGAUAAUCUUUUAAAUUUAUGUUAUUAGGCGGUGAUGACCCAAAAAGUGCGUUAUUCGCCGAAAGAAACGAACGAGGUUGCUCUGUAUGUCAAAAAGAACACCAAUGAGUCAUAGAAACAACGAGGAUUUUCAGUGAAUUUUCGAAAAAAUACCUCUACGACUCGAACAUCAUUCACAGAGUUCCCGAGUCGUUCUACGACCCGGAUAGUUUUGAGCAUUCUCUGCAAAUUGCUCCGAGAAUCGAAUUGUGGUUCGGUAUUUACAUUGCGGUCAAAGAGCUCUACACCGGAGAGCCCGUGCUCAAUUUCGCCAGUGAGCAUCGAAAUAUCCUUCUUUGAAACUUCCGACAUUUCAGUCGUCGACAAACUGUUCUUCAAUGCUCCGAGUAUGUCGCUGCUCGAUUAUCUGCUCCUACUCGUGGACCCGGAAACGUAUCAAGACGAAGUGAGGAACAGCCGGAAGCAGCAGUUGCGAGAUGGCGUCUUGACAGUGAACCAAAGAGUUCGAAGAAAGAUCGACGGAUACCUCGCGAAUCUGAAAUUGAAAUGCUCAGAAGUGUGGGAUCCGGAGAAGAGAAGAAUGGUGGAACGGCAUCCGACAUACCUCCGAUUGCACGAUGAGAAUGCGUAUGAGCACCAGGUCUCGGUUACGGCUGGAAGAGGCAGAAAUGCUCCGAUACUACAGGUUCCACUCUCUCAAGUGUACAGAGACAAUCGCAAGAUCAUCGAAUUCCCCAACCUUCCACUGGUUGUGGUUAAAACUGGUGCCAAUGAGCUGCUGGCGCCGAUGGAGUUUCUUGCAGUGCACGAAAAGCCGCAAAGGUACAAGAACUGGAUCGAUAUGGCGAUGAAGUUCGCGAUUGUGAAGAAAGCGACACGGAAGCCCCACGUCUACAAGGAGGAAACGAUCCGGAUGCUCCAGGAUUUAGAUUUCAAGUCCGAGGAGUUGGACUUUGUGCAGAAGUUCGGACUGUCUCCGGAGCUCAAAAUGUUGACGUGCACCGGAAAAGUGCUGAAAGAGCCGAAUCUAGUGAACAAAAAGAACGACAAGAUCAAGAUGACUCCGGUGGUACGUGGAUUCCAGGAAAUUGAGCUGAAUGUGGUCCCCGAGAAGACGCUGUGCUGCGCCCUUUUCAUUGUCAACGAUCCCAGGGAUCCGGAGCCUUGUAUUACUGAAAAUCAGUCAUAGUAAGUUUGCUUCGUGAGGUAGAUGAAAACUUUGAUGUUUUCAGUGCCUUCUACAGUGAGCUUAUCGACCGGUGUGAGUUCCGAGGAUUGAAAAUAGAGCCGAACGCCAAUAAAAUGGCUCGUUCUAUACUUUCUCUCGAAGAAGAUGGCCAGAAGACAUUUGCGGUCAGUUAUUUUUAAACUAAAACUUCGAAUUCAAAAUUUUCAGUACUACGCGAAUUGCGCAAUCACAGAAGGCAGUGCGGACAGUACUAACUUCAAAAAAGCAGCACAGCAUGCUAAAGGACUUUAUGACCGUCUUCCGGAUAAAAGUCAGAAGACCCUUCUCUUCAUCAUCAUUUCGAAGAGGAGUCUUGACGGAUACGGCUACUUCAAGUGGUUCUGUGACGUGGAACUCGGAGUGGCCAGCCAGCAUAUCACUCACGAAGUUGUCCUACGGACCCUACAAGAUUCUAUGAUUGAAAAGGGAUCGCAUAGAAUCGGCAAUCAGAUUGCUCUCAAAAUCAAUGCAAAAUUGAACGGAGUCAAUCAAGAACUGGACUACUCUGAAAUGGCGGAAUUGAGUCCGGAACAGAAGGAAGAGCGAAAGAAGAUGCCCUUGAAGAUGUUCGUCGGAAUCGAUGUGACUCAUCCGACGAACGGAAGCGGCAUCGAUUUCUCCAUCGCAUCCAUCGUCGCUUCUAUCGAUUGGGGCGGCACGAGGUUCCGCAAUCGGGUAGUCGUCCAAGAAGAAUGCCGUCCUGGAGAACGGCCAGUGGCUCACGGACGGGAACGGACGGACAUCCUCGAGGGAAAGUUCAUUGGGCUGCUGCAGACGUUCGCGCAGGUAAUAUCACGAUCUCUGCUUUACAAACAUAAACACUACUUUGAGAACAACGAUAACCGGAUUCCGGCUCACAUCGUGGUCUAUCGAGAUGGUGUCAGCGAUUCUGAAAUGCUGCGCGUGAGCCACGACGAGCUGCGUUCGCUGAGAAACGAAGUGACCCUUUUCCUCGCGCAGAGAGGAGCAGGAGAACCGGAGCCGAUGUACACAUUCAUCGUCGUUCAGAAGCGUCACAGAACACGUUUCAUGAGGAAGAUGAGUGAUAAAAGACCAGCGGACGAAGAGGCGGCGAAGCGAUGGGAUAAUGAAGAGAAGGAGAGCGCCGGGACGCGAAUUUUGAAUCCGCACUCUGGAACGACGGUCGAUAAAACGGUUGUGAGCAAGUACAAGUUCGACUUUUUCCUGGCCUCGCAUCACGGAGCACUCGGAACGUCCAGGCCUGGAUACUACACAGUCAUGUACGACAACAGUGGAAUAACCAAGGACGAAGUUUACGUAAGUCCGAAGGUGUUCUUUCGCUCACUGUUUCCCGUUUUCAGAAAAUGACGUACGAGCUGGCGUUCCUCUCCGCCCGUGUUCGCAAGCCCAUCUCGUUGCCCGUCCCCGUUUUGUAUGCCCAUUUGUCUUGUGAAAAGGCGAAAGAGAUGUACAAAGCGUACAAGAAAUAUAUUCGACACGAUGAUCCGACAGUCAAGGGACGGCAACGAAUCGAAGCGGUUAUUCAGCCAAGUGACGCGUAUCCGGGAAUGCCAUUUGUAUAA